GGCAUACUGUCCUCUAAAAAGUAAACAGCUGUGUGUGUGGUUAUCAUUGGAGCUGCAUAUAACUUCAUGUUUUACAAGAAGAAUCUUUAAUUAAGCAACAAAUGAUCUGAAGACAAAGAGUUAGGCAACUGAUUACGUGCAUCUAAAGCUACUCCAAUGGCCAUUUCUACACCACAUCUGAAUCGUAAAUGGAGAUAUAUGUUCAGCAGGUUAUCGCUGUUUCAUGAAAUUGAAAUUGCGCCUGAUGAUAAAGGAAGAGAAUUAGUCAGAAUCUUCAGUUGACGGAUCCAUCAAAAAAAAAGCUGGAACACAAAACAGUACAUUGCGCCUACAGUUACUGCAGAAUUCAUGCCUGUGUAUGUGACAGAACCAGAUUAUGUAUGAAUGCUAGCUAAAGCAUAGAUUGUUUACAUUUUGGACACAUCACACCAUCUGAAAAUUUGCUAUUGAGUUGGAUGUCAAAGGUGCAACAUAACUGUUUGUGAAUUAUAUAGAAUUCUGACAAUCAUUUUCUCCUCUUCGCAGGCGAAGAACCUUUCAGUAUUUUGGAGGGAAAUCUGAAUCUAACCCUAAUUCAAUAUGUUGAAAGUUUUGUUUCAUUCCUUGACCGGUGGAUUUAAUAUUCCAUUAUUAUUAAUUUCUAUUAUUCUCAUAAAUUUAUAUGGAUGUAAAUCCACACAAUUAUCUGAAAUACAAGGGCAAGACGCUAACUUGAUUUUCCCAUACCCAUGUGAUAGUACAGAAGUCACAUUACAGCAUUCGAACGGAGACCCAUUUUAUCGCUCGACAGACGGGUCAUCGCUGUCAUUGCCUGGAGGUCAGCUCCAUAGAUUCCAAGUGCAGAAUAGAAACAAAAAUGGAAACUGCUCUCUGGAUCUUACAAUAAUUAAUCUAAUGAGAAUUGAUGCAGGGAAAUACAUCUCAUUGGUUUACAAGAAUGGGCAGUCAAUUGUUGAUCACACAACCAGAGUUGGGCUGCAAAUAGACUAUCCUCCUGGUAAGGCAUCAUGUGUUGAGAGUGAAGGAAAGGGUGGAGACUGGGUCUCAAUAGACUGUACAGCUAAUGUUGGUAGUCUAUCAGGAAAGAUUGAAUGCUAUCAGGGUGGUGUAUGGAUGCCUUCCCUAACUGACCCCAUUGAAACUGUCACUUUAUUAACACAGACCAUUCUGAUCAGAAAAUCACAGCCAGUAUUUUGCUGCUCUUCUACUUUAGAUGAAUACAAACUAAGAUGUGAAUGUAAUGAUACUGGCCUGUAUAAAGCUGAUGAUGAUAUCAAUGAUCCUUGUCCUCCUUUAGAAAUUACAACAAUGGCUCAUUUUCCAACUCUCACAGAAAACAAUCAAAGUGAUUAUUAUUCCACCAUGAUGUCCUCCAUUCCGAUUAAUACGAAACAUUGCAUCUCCACAAAAUGUGUGAACAUUCACUCAAUUUUCUGGCCUAUUGAAGUCAUAGUUCUAAUCUUGAGUUUGUUUUUCCACUACAAAAUUAAAACUAAGAUCAGAAAUAAUAAUAAUAACGAUAAAGAUCCUCCCAUUCCUUUACAAUUGAAUACAUCACUACUUCCGACGAUGAAAAAUGGAUCAAGAAAAAAAAAAGAAUUUGUGUAAAUUCUAAUUAGUACGUACGUACACAAUACUUUGAGGAACAUUCAACGGAAAAUGCUUCAAUACACUUUAAUGAAGACUCCAAACGAAAUAAUGGAGAUCUCAUACUAAUUUCAAGCUCGGUUUCGAAUUGUACUGAAUUGUGAGAAAAUUAAAGAGUAUACACUCUAUUUACAUCUAAUUAGAAUCCCGUU